AUGGCUGCAUUGGGUCUUGAAAUUUUGGGAAUAAGUCUCUCAAUUCUUGGUGGGAUUCUCAGCAUUGUGUGCUGCGCACUUCCCAUGUGGAGAGUCACUGCAUUCAUAGGGACCAACAUCAUCACGGCGCAGGUCUACUGGGAGGGCAUCUGGAUGAGCUGUGUGUUUCAGAGUACCGGCCAAAUGCAGUGUAAAGUCUACGACUCUAUUCUGGCUCUGCCUCAGGACCUGCAGGCAGCCCGGGCUCUCACAGUGGUCUCCAUUAUUCUGAGCUUCCUGGCUCUUCUGGUAUCUGUUGUGGGCGCCAAGUGCACCAACUGCAUCGAGGAUGAAGGUGCCAAAGCCCGCGUAAUGAUCGUUUCUGGUGUGACGUUUAUAACCGCUGGGAUCAUGCAACUCAUCCCGGUGUCCUGGUCAGCUCAUACUGUAAUUCAGGAGUUUUACAGUCCGGUUAUACCUCAAGCUCAGAAGAUGGAGAUAGGUGCCUCGCUGUAUCUGGGCUGGGCUAUCGGGGGCAUUGCCCUGGGUCUGCUUGGCUGGAUCAUCGCUAUCAUCACCUGUGCCCUGCCAAUGUGGAGAGUUACAGCUUUUAUAGGCGCUAACAUUGUUACGGCACAGGUCAUCUGGGAGGGCAUCUGGAUGUCUUGUGUGGUGCAGAGCACAGGACAGAUGCAGUGUAAGGUGUAUGACUCCAUGCUGGCCCUUCCUCAGGACCUACAGGCAGCCCGGGCAAUGACCAUCAUCUCCAUCAUCCUGGGUGUGCUUGCUUUGCUGGUCUCCAUCAUGGGUGCCAAGUGUACCAACUGCAUCGAGGACGAGGGAUCCAAGGCGAAGGUCAUGAUUAUUUCUGGUGUUUUCUUUAUCAUUUCUGGUGUGCUGCAGCUUGUUCCCAUUUCCUGGACCACCAGUGCCAUCAUCCAGGACUUUUAUAACCCACUGGUGCCUACGACUCAGCGCAGGGAGAUCGGAACUUCGCUGUACAUUGGGUUUGCUGCUGCUGCCCUUCUCAUCAUCGGAGGAGCCCUGCUGUGCUGCACCUGUCCACCUAGUGAGAGGAAAUACAAGCCACCAAAGGGUUACUCCGCACCGCGAUCCACAUAUGGAAAGGACUAUGUCUAAACAGUUUUCAGACAUUAAUGACGAUUUUAUGAUGUACAAGAGGAUAAAGAUUCUUUUGAGAGACUCCAAGAUGAAGGGCCAUGUUAUGCUGUUUAUAUUUGCUUUGUGCCAUGUUUGCUGUGUUGUCAAUUGUGAGGGUGUUUUUAGAAACAACUAGUUUAAAAUAAUCACUUAGAAAUUACACUAAAUAUUUUUGUUGUUGAUGAGUGAUGUUUUUAUAUUUGUUACUUCAUUUAAAUUUCCAUUCUAUUAUUUAUUUACUCUGUUUACUUGAAAGAUAAAAAACUAAGAAUAAUACAAAGAUUAAUACUUAAAAUAACUACAUUAUUUCUUAUUUUUAUUGGCUCUCAGUCCCUGUCUCUUUUUAUUUUUAAAGUUGACCUACCGUACAGGGCCUCUGUACCUAUGUGUGUGGUUAUUUUAUUGUAUUAUUAAGAAUUUUAAGUACUUUUAUACUUGUAUGUAUUUUGUUUAUAUGUGUAUAUGUAUUUGUAUGUUUUUUUUCUUUAGGCAAUGGAUAAAUUGCACUGUAAUAAAUGUUUGUAAAACAUUUUGCACUGAGAUGUAAUGUCGAGAGCACAAUGGGCGCUGCAGUUUUACAUAUAUUUGCCUUUGUAAAUUAGAACCAGGACAGAAACAUGGCGCAUGGAUUAUCACACAGAUGAGACCAGAGUCCUAAUUUGCUCAUAAGACCUUCUGUUGAAUUGCAUGUUUAAUGACAGUUUCCUUUUUGUUUUUCACUUAUUGUGUGAAGCAUCUACUUCUGAUUGUUAAUAAACUUGCUUGUGCUUUUUGUUACGCUUUCAUGUAAA